AUGGGCAAGUACCAGAUCUUCACCGUCGACGCAUUCACCGACAAGCCGUUCAGUGGAAACCCCGCUGCAGUUGUUCCUGUUCCUGCUGACAAGCCCUUAACUGAUACCCAAAUGUGUCAGAUUGCUGUCGAGAUGAACUUGUCAGAGACCGCUUUUAUAGUCCCGACGAAUGCCAGUGGACCCAAUGCCUUCCAGGAAGCUUCGCAGUUUGGAUUGCGGUGGUUUACGCCUACUGGUGAAGUGAAGCUGUGUGGCCAUGCCACGCUUGCUACCUCUCAUGCUUUGUUCAGCUUGAUGCAUAACCAGUCCGAUGAGCUGCGCUUCGAUACGCUGAGCGGUGAGCUGGCGGUGCAGCGCAACUCGGAUGGGCUUUUGACCAUGACUCUCCCAAUCGAUCGUCCUCAGCCAGUUGCUGUUUCUGACGACAUCAAGCUACUUGCUGCUAGCGUCUUUGGAGAGUAUCGCGACACUUUUGAGAUUGAAUUGUCACCGAGGCUCAAGUAUCUUGUUGUGCACGAUCCCAAUGCGACUGAGGGCGACAUUGCUGGCCUGGUGCCCAAUAUAUCGCCCCAGGUGUACGCUGCUGGUGAACGGCUGGGUCUGUUGCUUGUCAUAGCUACUGCGAAGGGCACCAGCAAAGACUUCCACAGCCGUGUGUUUGUCCCUUGGGCUGGUAUCCUUGAGGACCCGGUUUGUGGGUCAGCACAUAUUGUCCUUGCACCUUUCUGGGAGAAGCGGCUGGACAAGAAGGCAUUCUCAGUCACACAGGUGUCUAAGCGCCACGGAAACCUUGAGCUUAAUAUCGUCGGGGAUUCGCAGGUCCAGAUCAGCGGUAUGGCCGCCGCUGUUCUGGAGGGCACGAUAACUGUUUGA